CUAAUCCGCGGAGGGAAGAGAAUUGCGCAUGCGCGCCUGUCUCCCGGGACGCUAGAGCAGGCGAUACCCUGGCUGCUCCGAAUUCGUCAUAUACUCCUUAAGGGCCGCGGAAUCGGAGCAACCUUGUUGACUGAUUGGCAAACUCUCGGCAGAUGUGCGUGCACUGGUUGGAUGCAGUGGUUGUAGGCGAUUUAAUUUUUCCCAGCUUUGCAGCGACUGUUGGCCCUGUUAGCGUCCCAGAACGGAUCUCCCCAGCCUCCACUGGAAGCUGAGGGACAAAAAUUCAUAAAAGCAAUUACUCUUUCCCGGCGAGGCUUCUAGAAGAGCAAGAACAGCGAUAUAAUUACACCUGCAGGCCUAUAAAGAUUGAUCUGUCCGUUUUUCCCUUACAGUCGUGGCCUGUUAGCGUUCCUGUGUUUUUCAGUGCCAGAAUGAGUGACCGCUAUUUAGAACAAAGGAUCAGUAUCAAAUUUUGCGUGAAAUUGAACAAGUCUGCAAGUGAGACCCACCAUCUUUUAAAAGAAGCUUAUGGGGAAGAAGUCAUGUCAAGGGCCAGAGUUUUUGACUGGCACAAAAGGUUUAAAGAAGGACGGGAAGAUGUUCGAGAUGAUGCCAGAAGUGGGCGUCCGGUCACCCACCGAACAGAUGACAAUAUCCAGAAGGUCAAGGACUUGGUUUGUUCAAACAGGCAGUUAACCGUGAGGAUGAUGGCCGAAGAGUUAAAUUUAGACAAAGAAACUGUUAGGCUCAUUUUGAAAGAAAACUUGAACAUGAGGAAGGUUUCUGCAAAAGUUAUUUCGGGUGUUUUGAAGGGUGAGCCUAAACCACGAAAACUUGACUUUCAGUCCAAUCUUUCAAAGGAAACUAGGAAAAAAAGCUCAUGUUUGAGGAAAAAGGUAACAGGUUCUGAAACAUGGAGUUAUCUCCAGGGUGAGGCUGAUGGGGAAAUGCCCCUGUCCGUAUCCCAUCCCAGAGUCCACUACCCUGCCAGCCAGCUUCUGCAGGCGUCAUCUUCAACAAGCCUUCCCCCCAGGGUAGCUGAGGAUUGGUUCACCCCAUGGUGAGAGGAAUGUGAGUUAGCUGAACCAGAACUAGGGUGCUGCCUCACUGUUAGGCACCUUCUUUGGCUGCUCACCUAUUUUUCAGUCUUCACUACUCCUCCCUAUGUACCAUGGCCCUCCUCAUUACUCUUUGCUGGACUAUUGGACCAUUUUCCUUGCUGUUCUUCAUAACUGAAAAACUUCUGGCUGUUCCCUUCUGGUA